CAUACUAAGCCUCGCCGCCCGAUUCAACGUCCUAUCUCCGAAAAGGCAUCCAGUCUUGUUACGCGUCUUCGUACGUGUCAUUCACCACUUACCAUGCGAAUAACUUCAUAUCCGCUCUUCCCGGCCAUCUACCCUCUGGCGCUUUUCUUUCUCUCUCCGAUGCCCCGCCGUCAUCUGUGACUUCAUCCUACAUUCUCUCCUGUUCUGUUCUUCCCGAUUUCGGAUAUUGUUCAUCGCACCUUUUGCUGCUGACGACAACACUACAACACCAAGAUGCCGGAGCACGACGCUCUUGUUGCGACAUACUCCCAUUUGGCGGACUUCCCGCGCGCGAGCGAUGCGCUUCGAUCGCUGAAGAAGGUGGCUUCUCUGGUGAAGCCCAUCAUGCGAGCGCGAGGAUGGAAGGUGCAAGAGCUUGCCGAGUUCUACCCAGAGCAAGCAAACCUUCUCGGUCUCAACAUCAACAGGGGCCAAAGGAUCCUGGUCCGUCUGCGAUACCCCGGUGACCGAUCCCUCUUCCUACCUAUAGAACAGGUUGUCGACACCAUGCUUCACGAGCUUUCCCAUAUUGUGUUUGGGCCACAUGAUAGCAAAUUUCAUGCACUUUGGAACCAACUAAGAGACGAACACGAGGCACUCGUACGCAAGGGUUAUACAGGUGAAGGCUUUUUGUCAGAAGGUCACCGGCUGGGAGGCGGCCGGAUACCCAUGCAUGAGGCUCGCCGGCUUGCUCGGAUGGCCGCUGAGAAGCGUCGUUCGUUGACAGCCGGUUCGGGACGGAAACUCGGUGGUUCUGGACCUAGUAUAGGCUCGGACAUCCGGCGAGUAAUAGUUGGUGCCAUCGAACGCAGGAAUAGCACUCUUCAAGGAUGUGGCAACACCAACCACAACGACCGAGAAAUACAACAAAUUUCCGAGACAGCCACAAGAAACGGCUUCCGCACCCAAGCCGAAGAAGAUGCAGCCAACGAAGCUGCCAUCGCGCAAGCGCUGUGGGAGCUCGUACAAGAAGAGGAGCGUCAACGCUACGGCGGUUACUACAUCCCGCCGAGCGCACAGAACCCCACCGGUAAUGGCGGCGGUUCGGUCAUGGGAGUUGACGGGACCAAAGGCAAUAGUGUACCGCCUUCGAUCCCGGGACCGGCGACUAGGCCUCCGCCGUCGCCGAAUCCUCCACCAUUGCCGAGACCCGAGACCCGGCCUCCUGUCGUUUCUGCACCAGCACCCCAGUCGGCUCCGCAACAGGGUUGGACAUGCGGGGUCUGCACCCUUCAUAAUCCCGCAACGUUCCUCUGCUGUGACGCGUGCGGCACAGAGCGCGGCCAGGAUGCUCAACGUCAGGCGUGGACGCCAAAUGCCGAAAAGCGCGAACGUCAGCGGGCAUCAGUAGCCGCGACGACGAGAAAGUCAUCAAGGCCAGAGACGAUCGACCUUACAAGCAGCCCGCCAAGGUCAAACGGCACCGGCAGGGCAAACGGCGGUAUCCGUCAACCCCUGGGCCCAGCUGUACAAAAACCGGCAACUUGGCAAUGUUCAUAUUGCGGAACGGUGAUGGAGCGACAAUGGUGGACAUGUUCGACCUGUGGAGUCAUGAAAGACAAUUCACGCUGAAAGAGCGGGGAUAUCAGAGGAAGCAAGGGAUGGAUGAACUCGGAAGGCAGGAGAGAAGGGGGUCGGUCCACCGCUGGGUCCCUUCAGGGUCCAAAUGACGACAUUGUCGAUGAUACCCCUUGCGCGUGGAGGAGAUGUAGUCCAUGCACGCAGCAUCAACGUCGUUUGUAUUGUCGGAAACACGAAACGUAGGGCUGUGUCGCCAACCCGCGACGAAAUGACAUAAGAAUCGGGCGGCCCGAAAGAGGAGACCGCACGUUGUGACCCUUGUGCCAUGCUGACAAGACUAGAAUGAAGGAUUGCAAUAAACACGAGUCAUUGCGCGGGUGUGACAUGAGUGGCAUCUACCAAGCACGUGCAUGCCAAACAAAGCGGCGCCAUCGCACGGAAGCCCUCGAGUGGCACAGGUUUUCUCCUACGGGGCUCCGUGUGUCUG